AUGUUGGAUAUUUCUUAUAAAUUAAAUGAAAAUCUUCAAUUAAUGACAACAACUAAAACAACAACCAAUUCCCCAUCACCCCCACCUCCUCCCCCACAAUCAACAACCUCAAUUAAAAACCGGCAAUAUACAUGGGGUUAUAUAGUAGUUACAGUCCCUUUUUCUUCUCCAAAAUUAUUUUUAGAAAACAAAAAUAUAUUAUCUCAAUCAAUUUCUUUAAAUCAAAAAACUUUUUUUCCAUUUUUAUCAACAAAUAUCGCCCAACAAAAACCUAAAUUAACGGCUAAAUUAAGUGAUAAAAUAAUUAAAAAUAAAAAACAAAAUGAAAAAGGAGGAGAAGAGGAAGAAGAGGAGGAAGAAGUAAUUAGAAGAUUUAGUAUUGCAGAUUUAGCUGAGGCAGCUUUGAGGCAUCAGAGAUAUCAAAAACAAUUGUUUAGAUCUGCUGCGGUUAUUGAAUGUUGUCAACAACAGAAUAACCAACAAGAAUGCCCAACAGCUAAUUUUUAUAAAUGUUUUUGUGAAGAAAAUAAAUUAAAAACAAAUAAUUUACCUUCAACAUUCUCUUCACCCCUUUCUAGAGGGCAUAGUUUGUUGAGACAAAGAAGGCGGUUAUUUAGUCAGUAUCAACAGAAAAGGAAUUGUUCUAGUUCUGGAACACAUCCAAGACCCUCUUCACGUAAUAGUGGAAGCUUUUUUUCUUCGACAGGUUUUUUGAGCGGGGAAGGGGGGGGGUGUUUAAGGGAAGUUGUGAAAUUUAGAAUUAAGAGGGGGGGGGGGGGUAAUUAGGAAUGAGAUGAGGGAGGGGGAUAUUUUUUAUUUUAAAGUUUUUUCUCUUAAAAUUAAUAAUUAUAUUUUGAAAAAAAUCUUA